UGGUUACUUUAUGUAGAAUCUUGAUAGCGAAAAAGGAAAGUCUAGUUGUGCCAUUGCUUGUUUGUGAAGAUUUGUUUGAAGAUGGUUGUGAUAAGUAUACCUAAUUAAAAAAAUUAGAGACAAAGUCGAAGUCAAUGGCGGAAUAUGAUCAGAUUUAAAUAAAGGUGAAAAUUGUCAAUGGCGGACAACGGGAAGAGAGAAGCGGGCCGAGUGCUGUAAAAUAAAUAAAGGAAAUGAAGGGGAAGCAUUCGUUUUGCUUUUCUCCCGGGGAAAUUCCAACUGCAAGAACAAUAGAAUAGUAGGUGUGAAGAAAGAAAUUCUUGAUUCUUCAGUUUCUCCGAUCAAAGCCCCCAACCCAAUCCUACGCCGUCCAAAAUCCACUCUGCACCCUCGCUCUUUUACAUCGCAAUCCUCCUCACCAGAUUCCCCAAUUCAUCUUCCUCCCCACAAGCCAAGAAUCUCUUUCUUCCCCAUAGAUUCUCUUUCUACCUCAAAAAGCUUAUUAAUGAUGCCCUUCUUCAUCUCCCCCACUCUUUCUCCGUUUCCUUUUAUCCCUACUCUUUCUUACCUUCCGUCCCUUACUUCUUUUCAUUCUUGGCCGCCAUUUUCUUCUUCUUUUUCUUCUAUUCCUCCAUAGCAUUUAGCAAUGUCUUCUUCGACUACUGUCAACCACCUAUCUCAGCCUUGCAUUUAUGAGAAAAAAUCAAGCUUUAUGAGAUGGAUGAGUAAGAUAUUCAAGGGUAGUUCAAGUAGUGGCGGGGUACUUCCUGCUAGGAUGCCACCUCAGCCUACAGGAGAUGAAACUUCUGUUUUGCGCGCUCCUGUUAGAUCAUUGGAUGAUCGUUGUAGAACCGAUAAAGAGGAAUUAGACCGUGCUGUUGCACGGCCUCUACCCCAAGAUUUGAAAAGACCAAAUGGAUACAAAUGGAAAGAGAAGGAUGACCUUAUAAAGUCUCUUCAUGAUGGCCUUAAUUCUUCAUCAUGCCCCCCGUAUGCCCCUCCAUACGCUGCCCCGAAAGACUAUCAUCCAAGGAGCAAUAGAGUAUGUGGUGGCUGCCGCCAGGAAAUUGGCCAUGGAAACUACUUGGCAUGCAUUGGGACUUUCUUUCAUCCUGAAUGCUUUCGUUGUCAUGCCUGUCGUUAUCCAAUCACAGAACACGAGUUUUCUCUGUCAGAGAAGAAGACAUACCAUAAGUUGUGCUUCAAAGAACUCACACAUCCUAAAUGUGAUGUCUGCCAUCGAUUUAUCCCCACAAAUGGUGCUGGCUUGAUAGAGUAUAGGUGCCACCCGUUUUGGUCUCAGAAGUAUUGCCCUUCACAUGAGCAUGAUGCCACUGCACGAUGCUGCAGCUGUGAACGCCUAGAGUCAUGGGAUGCCAAAUAUAUAUCGCUUGAAGAUGGGCGAAGGUUAUGUUUGGAGUGUAUGGAAUCUGCCAUCAUGGAUACUGGGGACUGCCAACCGUUGUACCAUGCCAUUAGAGAUUAUUACGAAGGCAUGAACAUGAAGAUUGAUCAGCAAGUCCCUAUGCUUCUUGUUGAAAGACAAGCCCUUAAUGAAGCUAUAGAAGGGGAGAAACAGGGGUUCCAUCUGUUUCCUGAAACCAGGGGUCUAUGCCUAUCCGAGGAGCAAACUGUUACCAGUGUACAAAAAGGGCCAAGAAUGGGAGGUCGUGGCAUGGUAGGAGUGAGAAAACAGCCACAGAGACUGAUCCGAAAAAGUGAGGUUACAGCUAUAUUAGUUUUAUAUGGUCUCCCAAGAUUACUCACCGGAGCCAUACUAGCACAUGAAUUAAUGCAUGCAUGGUUACGCCUUAAAGGUUUCCGCAAUCUGAAGACUGAAGUGGAGGAAGGAAUAUGCCAAGUGCUGUCUCACAUGUGGCUCGAGUCAGAGGUGAUGCCUGGGCUCAGAUACAUGCCAUCAACAUCAGCAGGCCCAUCCUCAUCAACAUGGGGCCUAUCAUCGUCUUCGUCAUCUUCGAAGAAAGGUAAAAAGUCUGGGAAUGAGAACAAACUGGGAGAGUUCUUUAUGCAUCAGAUAGCUCACGACACUUCGCCUGCAUACGGAGAAGGAUUCAGAGCAGCUAAUGAAGCUGUGAAUAAGUAUGGUUUGCGAAGUACCUUGAAUCACAUUUAUUUUACUGGAAGUUUUCCCUGUUGAUCUAAACCAAACCAAACCAAACUUUGCUAUCUCAAUCUGUUCUGCUUGAGUCACGUUAAAAGGAACCAACCUCAAAUGCUUUCUCUUCAGGGCUGAGUUACAAUCAUGUGUGAAAAGCCCUAUUCGCUCCCCCCUGUUUUUACGGAGGUCCUUUGAGGAAUGAUACCAGAAAAUAUACCCAAACACCUCCCCCCCCACCCCCCACCCCCCACCCCAAAAAACACUGUCUGGUAUAAAGAGGUUGGCAUAUUCAACAUCAAUAAAAGAAAGUGACACUCUUUGCUACUUUGGAUUACAAGUCGUUAUCUGCAUUAUAUGCACUUUACAAGCAGGAAUUCUUGGAAUGUUCCCACAUUUAGGGAAUGUUUCAGAAACCUUUGGGUAACUACUCAAAAAAUGUUUUAAAUGGUUGAUUUCCCUUUGUUAAAUGAGCCUUUCCUCCUGUCAUAUUUAACUCUACAAAGUAAAAUGAGACAUUUCUUCCUUGUCAUGUUUCCAUCCAUUCCAAUUCUGUGGGAGUGGUCUUUGGAGUUGGGCUUGACCAAGUUUUAGGUUUGAAGGGAGAAAAGUUACCCGUUUUAUUUUAGAGUUCCGCUUCGUGUACACGCCGGUUACAUGUCGAUGUACAUGUCUGUCAAAUUGUUUGUGUACAUAUAAUUUUUUGUGUCACGGACAAUUAUCUAUACACAGACAAUGGAAAAUUAUUUCUUCAUAAAGCGCCAGUCAAAUUGACCGGUGACGUGUACAAACUGCCGUGUACAAAAGGAAUUUUCCUAUAUUUUAUGCUUGUUUUUAUUUUUG